AUGCGUUUCAAUACCAUCGCUCUCUUGACUGGCGCUACUGCCGUUGCUGCCAGCAACACUGCCAACCUGCUCCUGCCUGGUUUCCAAGGUCGUCACCUUGAAGCCGGCAUUGUCACCAAGGCUGGCGACGCUACCACCUACCUCGUCACUUGCCCUACCACCGUGGCUUCUGCUGAUUGUGGGAUUCCCGGAAAGGGCAUGACUGUUGUCGCUGCUCCAACAGCUGCCCAGAUCAUUCAGUCCUACCCUAACGGCAACAUCGCUCUGGUUUCCUGCAGUGUUGAGGGGACCACCGUUGCCUCCUGCUCCGCUUCCCAAGGCACCGUGACUGUCGAGAAGACUCUCGCGCCCAAGGACAUCAACUGGAUGGCCGUCACUGUCACCGGUGACUGCUCCACCAGCACUCCCAUCCCUACUACCACUGCCGUCCCUACUCUCACCAGCUCUGUGGCCACCCAAACCCCUACUUUGACCUCAUCUACCUCGUCGGCUACCUGGUCCGCGAGCUCGACCCCCGUCAAGUCUCCUUCUCGCUCUGCCUCGUCAUCUCUCGUUAGCAGCACCCCUCUGGUUGUUCCCAGCCAAACUGGCGGUGUCACUGCCACCGAGCCAGCCGCAACCGCAUCUGCUACCCAUCCCGCUCUCAACGGUGCUGGCUCUCUCGCCGGUAAUGGCUGGGCUAUGAGCGGUGCUGUGAUGGCGCUGUUCUAUGCUCUUUUCUAG